UUGACUGACAUUUUUAAUUUAUAAUAAACAUUCGACGUUGUAUAUUCCUUGCAUUCGACAAGGAAAGCAUUUCUUUCACUAACGUUUUAUUUUACAAGCAUUUAUAAGUUAAUAUUACAAUUCUGCUUAUUUUACACUGAACAAAGGAAAUAGCUUACUUACUGUUUACCUACCUGCCUCACUUCACGUGCCAUUUAUUAAAUAAUCAUGUCGAAAUUGGAUGAAGAUAAAGGCAUAGUUUAUGGCAAUCGCGUGCUUAUUGGAAAUUGGUACGAAUCUGCUAAACUUGAAGAAUACAAAUUAAACAAAUUCCUGGAACAAAUGAAAAAAGGUGAUUUGAUGUUAGCCCGAUAUAGAAAAAUGAGUGAAAAUCUGAAUAAACCAACGGUGUUGACUCAAUCGUCGAGUAGUAUUGGCUUUGGCGCUAAAAUAGCCUUCCUUGCACCCCACGUGCCAGCAACCGAUCCACCAACUGAAAACAAAAAAGGAUUGCUUCUCGGCGGUCACAUAUCAUCCAAUGAAAUCAACUAUUCCCAAGAGCUGGAAGACGGCUGCAACAUUGUUGGUCUGUCAGACCUGCAACCUACAGAGAAAAACACUUUCAUACUGACUAGCGCCGAUUAUUGCAACCGUGAGGGUGAACCUCUUAAGUUCAAUCAAGAAUUUCUUCUUGCGCUUGCUUCUUCUGUGGAAAAGAAAAAGCCACUUUAUGUAAGAUACGAUCCGAAUCCUGUCCCCGGGCUCUGCGGCAUGUUCCCGCUUUAUCUCAGCAAGCAUCCUGUAUCCAACACUAGAUGGCGUAUCUUGCCUGCUCAGGGACCAAAUAUUACGAGAUUCGAACAGGAGGGAAGACCCGUGCAUGUGAACACAGACAUAAUAAUUAAUCACUGUGCCACUAAUGCAAAUUUGGGUAUUAACAUAGGUUGCUGGGCAAUGGGAUUUUAUGGGAAAGUGUGCGCUCCACUGAUGAAAACUUGCUUGGAUGUGUAUGGAAAGGAAUUACCUAAUAAUAUAUGGCAAAUAUACAUACCUCUUACUGGUUAAUUAAAAUCUUGGUUUAAUAUUG